AUGUCAAGCCAACAGCAUCACGAAGAAGACGAUCACGAUCACGAUGACCCCAAUUUGGACGAAGAGGAUAUCGUGGAAGUGGUAGAAGAUGAAGGUGACGAGCCCAUGGACGACGAGGAUGACAACGAACAAUACGAUGGUGAGAUCAUCAUUGGUGGUCCCGGACCAGGAGAGGACGAUAUGGUGAUGGAUGAUGAAGGCGAGAUGAGAGAGGAUAACUCUUGGGGCGCUAGUGCAUUGCAUUCAUCUCAGCAAUCUAUAUUCACAAUCUCACUCCAUCCUUCAUUCCCAAAUCCUCCAUUGGCAGUAUCAGGUGGAGAAGACGAUGCUGGAUUCUUGUUCUGUCCUAUUCCGACUGAUCCAAGCUCGUCAGGAUCUGCUUUCAACUCGGAUAAUUUCCCUCCUACUAAAUUGACUGGACAUACAGAUUCAGUCGUUGCAGCAGGAUGGAGUUUCGAUGGUGAAAUGGUAGCCACGGGUGGUAUGGAUGGAAAAGUCAGAGUCUGGAGAAGAGUGAAAGGUAGAAAUGGAUCAGCGGAACCUCAAGGUGAUUCACAUUCUAUAGAUGAAUGGAAACAUUGGGAAUUCUUGACUAGUUUGGAAACGGGAAGUGAAAUCACUUGGCUUCAAUGGCACCCUAAAGGUAAUGUUCUCGCUGCAGGUUGUGAAGAUGCUACUGUAUGGAUGUGGAAUUUACCAUCCGGAAACACUCUUACCGUACUUUCAUCUCAUACUUUCUCCACGACCGCUGGAAUCUUCCCACCACCAUUAGGCCGACAGUUGUUGACAGCAUCAUUGGAUUCCUCACUGGUUUUAUGGGAUCCCAAAACAUCUGUACCGAUUUGGAAAUCAUCAAAAUUCAUGACAGCGAAUUCGCCUGAAUUGGAUCCUGCAGAACAUGGAAUCACUUCAUUAGCAGUUUCACCCAAUGGUCAAAUUGCAGCAGUCGGAAGCAGUGCGGGCAAAGUCAAACUUGUCAGUUUACACAAAGGUGAUACGUUGAACACACUUGUAGGACAUGCGCAAGGUGAAAGUAUUGAGGCGUUGGUUUUUGUCGAUUUACUCGGUGGCGCAGCAGGUGGUGGUAAAGGUGUCGUCUGCGUUUCAGGCGGUACAGACGGAAAGGGUUUCGUAUGGGAUGUAAAUACAGGUAGAGUACGAGCAGAAUUACAACACGACGAACCAAUCACUUCCAUCGCUGCUCAUCCCUCGCCAUUCCUCCAUCAAGUAACUACAGCUUCAGCAGACUCGACUCUGAAAACAUGGGACAUCCGAACCGGUGCUCUCCUGGCUACCCACAAAGGUCACGCCGGCGUAGUCAAUGGCGUGGCUGUCGCUCCCGUUGAAGGUGGUCAAGUCAUAAUUAGUGCAGGUGACGAAGGAGUCAGCCUGAUAUGGAAACUUUAG